UCUUGUUGCUUGUGUGUUUAAAUAAGUUGGGUAUAUGCAUGAACGAACCAAUGCAAAAUCAGCAACGAUCUCUUGACGAUUUGAUGUUUGAUUCCAAAUUUCCUUCGUACUUUCAUGUGAUCAUUAUUAUACUUCCAUCUAUCCAUGCCUAAUUUCAACUAGUUGAGUGGGUACAGAUCCUCCAUUAACAAACACCCACUUUUUCUAUAAAUAAAACAACUCACCCCUAUCCUCUCAAAUUCACCCAAUUUUCCCAUAAAUUUCAUAACCUUUUUUUAUAUAUUUGAUCUGGGUAUUUGAUUUUGAACAAAACCCAUGAAAAUCUUGAGCCGAAAGUGUUGGAAUCCGACAGUUAGUCCCCUUUGCUUUGCGUCAAGGAAAAGCAAAUAAAGUUUUUUUUUUUUGCAACUGGGUUUGCGAGAUUGUUGAAAUAGCAAAGUGGGGUUUUGUUGUGUUAUAAUAUUAUUGCUUUUUCAGGGGUUGAAGAUUGUUCUACAGCAAAGACAUGGCAACAUACGUUGAACCACCGAACGGAUUUCGACAAGCCGGGAAGCAUUAUUACACGAUGUGGCAAACAGUAUUCGAAAUCGACACCAAAUACAUACCAAUCAAACCAAUAGGCAGAGGCGCGUACGGCGUCGUAUGUUCUUCAAUCAACCGCGAAACAAACGAGAAAGUAGCAAUCAAGAAGAUCAAUAACGUGUUUGGUAACCCGACUGACGCAGUAAGAACUUUGAGGGAGUUGAAACUUCUUCGACACAUUAGGCACGAAAAUGUGAUCGGAUUGAAGGAUGUUAUGUUCCCGAUCUCCAGGAAUAGCUUCAAAGAUGUGUAUCUUGUUUAUGAGUUGAUGGAUACCGAUCUUCAUCAUAUUAUUAAGUCGUCACAGCCAUUAUCAAAUGAUCACUGCAAAUUCUUCUUGUAUCAGUUGCUUUUAGGUCUAAGAUAUCUUCACUCAGCUAAUGUACUACACCGAGACCUGAAGCCCGGAAAUCUGUUGGUCAACGCGAACUGCGAGCUCAAAAUAUGUGAUUUCGGUCUUGCAAGAACAAGCCAAGGUAGUGAACAAUUUAUGACCGAAUAUGUUGUCACACGUUGGUACCGAGCACCUGAGCUUCUCCUAUGUUGUGACAACUACGGAACCUCAAUCGAUGUCUGGUCAGUCGGGUGCAUCUUUGCCGAAAUCCUCGGCCGAAAACCGCUUUUCCCGGGAACCGAGUGCCUCAACCAGUUAAAACUAAUAAUCAACAUUCUCGGCAGUCAAACCGAGAAUAAUCUUGGAUUUAUCGAUAACAUGAAAGCUAGAAGGUUUAUUAAAAGUCUCCCGUUCACCCGAGGGAUUAAUCUUUCUUCGUUGUACCCGAUGGCGGAUCCUUUGGCACUAGAUUUGCUAAAAAGGAUGCUUGUGUUUGACCCGACAAAGAGGAUAACGGUGACGGAGGCUUUACACCACCCGUAUAUGGCGGGUUUGUUUGACCCGAGUAAAAACCCGCCGGCCAGUGUGCCGAUAAAUUUGGAUCUUGAUGAGAAUAUGAGUGAAGAUGUUAUUAGGGAGGAGAUGUUGAAGGAAAUGUUGCAUUAUCACCCUGAAGCUAAUGCAUAUGCAAUGGGGGUUCAAAGAUAGCAAGCAAUUUUUUAUGUUUGUUAAGUAGAAAAAGAUGUCAAUUUUGUUCACAUUUGAUGUUUACUAAUAGCAUAUAAAAUGCUUUUAGUUGUAAUUUGGAUUCAAAUACUUCUGUUAUUUUUGUAAUUUGGAUUCUAAAAUCUUUAUGAAGUAAGUUUUCUCCUUUAAUAAA